CGCCGACCCCGACAAGGCGACGCUGCGCUGCUCGUCCCUCCUCGACAGUGUCGUGUCAGUCACCAUGCAUCACACAGACACACCCACGCUGCUCGGUAUGUACAGACACACACAUCCAUCCAUCCACACAGGCAUCCACUGUGGCAUGCAUCAGAUGUGUCUGAGGCUGUGUUGUUCUCGUCCAAACCUCUCGUGUUCUUCCCCACGCAUCGCCUCAUACUCAACUGCAUCCAUCAGAAGCACAUCUACGAGUGGGUCAAGCGGCGGGUGUCGCCGGAGCUCUGCAUGUCGUCCACGAAGAGCGCCAAGGAGGUCAGCCCACCCAGCAACCAAACACACGCACCACUUGGUGCAUUGGAUGCAUCCAUCAGGCGGGUGACAGUCUGAUCAGCGGUGGCGGCCAGGCCACUGGCGUAGACGUGUCGGGGUCCCCCACGCGAGCGAUCUCAGCCAAGCCGUCGAUGGCUCAGACGAUCGCCCAGGACAAUCUCAUCACACCCAAGUGAGACAGCAACACCACCGGCAACACGCAUCUACUCAUGCAUGUGUGUGUGUGUGUGUGUGUGUCGCAGGGAUUCGGUGGCCCAUGUGGUGGAGUGCGAGGAGAGCAGCGACAGUCUCGACGGCGUGUCGGCCUCGUCGUCCGAUGCUGCUGAUGCUGAGGAGGCGGAGGAUGUGCUGUCGUUCCCACCCACGCCCUUCUCGUCUGUGCGCUUCCCUCCCCCCGACUGCCCGCCACACAUCGACAUGGCCCCACCCGCCCUCUUGGCCUUCGAGUUGUGCUUCGCUGCCAACGACAAGAUGAAGAUGCACGCGGUAAGCCACACACACACCCACAACGCAUGUAUCGACCGACUCCUUUAUGUGUGUGUAUGUGUAUUGCAGGUGGAGGUCGCGCCGAUGAGCAAUCCGGCACACACGGUCUUCGCACCGCCCGACUCGGUGUAGGCAGCCGGCAGAUGAGAUGCACACACUCACACUUACGUGGCUGAGAUGGAUAUGUAUGUGUGUAUCUGUCCGUCCAUCCAGUGAGAUUGAGUUUUGGCUGGAGUCAUGCAACAAGCAGACACCCGUCGUGACACAAGCCGUCGCGAGCUUCGAGGUCACCAAAGCAUGACGCACACGACAGGCAUCUCUGACUGUCUGUCUGUCUGUGUGUGUCCGAUUGCAGGCCGAUCACGCGUGUCAGAUGUCGUGCUGCGCUGGUGAUGAGCUCGUCAUCCACAUGCGCACCACAACGCAGUGGACAUACGCAACUCACGCCAUCUCUCGUCUGUCUGGGUGAGGCCAGCACACACACAUUCACAUGUGUCGAUGUGCAAUGGUUGUGCAGGUGGGUGCCGACGUGUGUGUCCGAUGCCGAUGUGGUUCGAGUGUGAGAUACAGAAUGUCGUCUGCCAGAACGUCGUCACCAUCCUCAACCCGCCGUCUCGUGUGAGUGGCCAAGCCCGACAGACAACCAACACUCUGUGUACUUGUGGAUGCCUUUGUGUGUGUGUGGUGUCAGCGUGUGUGCUUUCCGGCGUUGCAGUGCUCCGUUGGCGACAAGGUGGUGAUGAUGCAACAUGGGGCCGUCAGGACACACACUCAGGGCGCGUGUCAGUGCUCGUCAGGGCAUACGGACAACCGCACAGAGAGGGGUAAGGGCACACACACACACACACACACACGUCGCCGCAUUGUAUGUCCGGCAACCACACUUCAGCUACGUGAACUGCGCUGACAUCGGUCUGCCCAUCCCCCACAGCAAGACACGACAGGUGAGGACAGAGUCUGGCUGCACGAUGGCCUCUGUGUGUGGGUGUCACUGUGUCUCCUGCACGGUGUGUGUGUAUCUGUGUGUGUUAGGUGUGGAAGAAGCUGGGGCAUCCGGUGCUCAUGAAGGAGUGAUCGGUGUCAAUCGGACAGACAGAGACGAGCAGACACUCAGACCGACAAACAGCGAGCAACAGACACUCAGACAGAGACAGCAGACAGACAGACAGACAGACAGACACACAUGGACAGGUCGAUCCAUGAGCAUUCACUGGGGAGGCAGAUCAUCCCUGGGUGCUUAGAAUCACACGGGAGAAAGAGGGACGACCACACCAAUCAAC